CUGGGUGGGUGGGAGUCCACUCAGCUGUGGGCUCUCCACUCCACUCCACUCCACUCCACUCCACUCCACGGUGAUGUAACAGGAAGCAGUGGGCUGACUUCCAACCUCAAGCUGAAGCCACCGGAGCUGCGCGCAGAGCCACCGCUGAUCCGAACCGAGCCGGACCGGAUCGGACCGGACCGGACCGGAGGAGCGUGAUCGGAUCCGAACCUGCUGCGGGAUCGCCGUGUCCGACCCGAAGCUGGUGAAACAUCGUUACCUGACAUGGCGGAGAGGAAAUUAGACGGCUUCAGAUGGAGCUGGAAGGUCGCACUCAUUCUUCUGUGCAACCUAACAACAUUCCUGGUGAGGGCCAGCAUGGAAGUGAAUGAAAGCCAGCAACAGCAUCCCAACAACGUCUACCACGACUUUGGGAUCACCAGGAACAAGAUCGUCACGGCGCAGUUUGAGUGCUACCAGAAGAUCAUGAAGGACAACACAAACGGCAGACAUGAGCCCAUGUGUAAUCGGACCUGGGAUGGAUGGCUGUGCUGGGAUGACACUCAACCCGGAGUCACGUCGGAGCAGCACUGCCCGGACUAUUUCCAGGAUUUUGAUCCUUCUGAAAUGGUGACAAAGAUUUGCACCAACAACGGUCAGUGGUUUGUUCAUCCUGACAGCAACCGGACGUGGACCAACUACACGCGCUGCAACGAACACACGAACGAAGGAAUGGUGACGGCAAUGAAUCAUUUCUACUUGACCCUUAUUGGACAUGGACUCUCCCUGGUCUCCCUCUUCAUCUCACUGGCUAUUUUCUUCCAUUUCAAAAGUCUGAGUUGCCAGAGGAUUACUCUUCACAAGAACCUUUUCUUUUCUUUUGUUCUGAACUCUGUCAUCACUAUCAUUUGGCUAACUGCAGUGGCUAACAACCGGGAGCUGGUGCAAAGAAAUCCAAUGAGCUGUAAAGUGUCCCAGUUUAUCCACCUUUACCUGUUUGGCUGUAAUUACUUCUGGAUGCUGUGUGAGGGGAUUUACCUUCACACGCUCAUCGUGGUGGCCGUGUUCGCCGAGAAGCAACACCUCAUGUGGUAUUAUCUGCUGGGCUGGGGCUUUCCUCUGAUCCCAGCGUCCAUCCACGCCAUCGCUCGGAGUUACUACUACAACGAUAACUGCUGGAUCAGCUCCAAAACGUCGCUGCUCUACAUCAUCCACGGCCCCAUAUGUGCAGCUCUGCUGGUGAACCUGUUCUUUCUGCUGAACAUCGUCCGGGUUCUGAUCACCAAGCUGAAGGUGACGCACCAGGCCGAGUCCAGUCUGUACAUGAAGGCGGUCAGAGCCACGCUCAUCCUGGUUCCUCUGCUGGGGAUCGAGUUCGUCCUGCUGCCCUACAAACCCGAAGGACGCGUCUCCUCCGAAAUAUACGACUACAUUAUGCACAUACUGAUGCACUACCAGGGUCUGCUUGUGGCAACCAUCUUCUGCUUCUUCAACGGCGAAGUCCAGGCGGUUCUGAGGCGACACUGGAACCAGCACCACAUCCAGUUCGGCAGCAGCAUCGGGAACCACUCGGACGCCCUGCGCUCGGCCUCCUACACGGCCUCCUCCAUCAUCGAGGUGCAGGGCUGCUACUCCAUCGACGGCCACACGGAGCACAUGAACGGGAAGAGCUUCCACGACACGGACGUCUCCGUCCUGAAGUCGGACAGCACCUUCGCCUGACGCCCGGCGCCGAGGAGCGGAUCCCGACCGGCUACGGAAACGCUCGCUCGUCCGGGCGAGGUGAGCACGGCGCGGCGCCACUCCUCCGUCCUCCGCUCUGUUGACGGGUUCCGAUUGGACGCCAUCACAUUCUAGCCAUUCUUAGCGCCUGCUGCUUCAUUACUUCGGCGUCUCGUUGUGGACAGAAGCCGUUUGGUUUCACUGUAAGAAAACGCAAACUGUGCCAAAUCCAACUCUCCGUUCGUCGUCUCCAAGGACUGGAGAUACAUAGAUCACAAUCCAACGAAGCUACGCCAUCAUCUUGUUUCUACAACAACGUGUUAGGACCGCUACUGAUACAAGAAAGGAAUACAUUUCUGAAAAAAAAAAAAACCUAACAUUUUGAGACUAAUGUGGAAGAUUUUUUGGAAGAAAUAAGAAAAUUCCCUGAGCUCAAAAAGUUUAAAAUUUUCAAUUUUACAAGCUCAGAAAAUUUCCAGGUUAAUCUCAAAAUUUGAGAUGUUUUCUCUCAACAUGUCGACUUUUCAAGCUCAGAAAUUUUUAUGAUUUUCUUAGAAAUCUGCUGAAAUUAAUCUCUACAUUUUUGUUUUUCUCUCAAAUUUACGACUUUUGUAGCUCAGAGAAUUUCCACGAUUUCUCUAGAAAAUUUCUGAGAUUAAUCUCAGAGUUUGAGGGGUUUUUUCAGACAUGCACUCCUUUAUUUUCUAUCUUUGUUGGCCCUGAUUCGCUUCUCAUGAUACGACGCAGUAUUUAUUACGGAUUCUGGCUCCAUGACCGGGAGUAAAAGUCACAUUCCCUUUUCUCGGCUUCGCAGCUCGGACUGAGCGAAGAUCGACGCCGUUUCAGGUUGAAGCUUCAGAUUGUUGACGUCUGGCUGGAAAAGUGAAAUUAUGGAAACAUUUUCCUCUGUCAAAGUCUAAAGAUCUGUAAAUUUAAUCUCAGGAGUGCAAAACACAUAACAAUGUCCACAAUGUUGAAUGAAAUGUACAGGCUGAGAGGGAGAAACUAAGUACACCCCUUGAUUUAAUAUCAGAGCCUCUUGUAAACACAUGGGUUUUCAAAGCAGGUUCAAAAUGUGUUGGUAUAUAAGCUAAUUCAUGGUCAUUUGGAAUUGCGCAACUUUUUUAUGGAGUUAAAUUGGGGCCAAAAAAAUUUGUAAACUUGGGAAAAAAAAUUUUUUCAAGUUUUUAACUGGAAAAAGAAUAUUGAAAAAAAGAUUUGAGACUGUACAAAAAAAGUAAAAAACUAUGGAACUAAAAUAAUGCAGAUGCUUUCUAUGGAGCUAAAAUGUGAGGCAUAAAGUUUUAAUGGGAAAUAAAAAAUUUUGAAGCUGAAAAAUUGUUUUGAAACUGGAAAGAAGAUCUAAAACUGAAAACUAUUUUUUUUACUGUAAGAAAAGAUUUGAGACCAAAUAAAGUUAAAAACUAUGGAGCUAAAACGGUGCAGACACCUUGUAAACUUUAAGUUUCUCUUCAAUGUCACUGUUUCUUCUUGCAGUAACUUUUAUUUUUCGUUGAUGUGAAAUUUGGAAUUCAAAUUAUUUCAAGUUAAAAUUAAUUGUUCAGUUUCAAAUAGCGUUUUAUAAAAAAUAUUUUUCAGUUCUAAAUCUUUUUUCUAAUUUUUCAGUUAUGUUUUUUAGUCUAAGAAUUUCAGUUUUAAUUUUUUUAUUUAUUAUUUUUCAGUUUCAAACCUUUUUUUUUUCAACUAAAAAUAAUUUUAUGGCUCAAAUUUUGCUCCAUACAUCUUUGAAGACCAUUGUGAACAAAAAGACCAAAAUUAUAAAAUGGUGAAUGGAAUGUAAACGACCAGAAAGCUUCAGCAUCUUUUAGAGCAGCAAACAUUUUAUUGCUUUUUUGCAGCAAAUAUUUCAGUUUAGGUGUCAAAAUGGCCCCAAAAUAAAUAAAAAACUCAGUAAAUGUGCAGAAAACAUUUGCUAUAGGGCUAACUGUAUGUGUCUGCACAGCUUCUUUUGUUAAAAAUGUUAUUUUAAGGCCAGCAUGGAUUAAUUAUUAUAGCAGAAAUAUAUAGUUUUUAGUAUUUCUCUGAAGACAGAAUGAAAACACAGUUUGGAAAAGUUUGAUAAAAUUACAGAUUUAAUCACACCAAAGAGAAGAAAUAUUAAACAUGCACAAACUCUAUUUUUUAAUAUUUGUUCCAUCUGAGAAUAACCAUUAUUUUAAAGUAUAUUUUUGAUUUAUUUAAUCUCCUUUAGCUUGUUUUUUUGAGUGUAGAUCAGACGUUUUCAGUGUUCGGUUGAAGAUGAUGAAGAUUGCACUUCUCCUCCCUCAACGGCGCGCUUUCCGUUGGACUCCAUCGGAUCCGUAACGCUGGGAACGUUUCAGCUGCUGUAAAUAAUUUUGUACAUCCAGCGAGUUUUCCAAGUGAACAUGCCAGAAAAUGCCUGCAUGAUUUGUCUAGGCCAUAUUUCUGUAAAUCCAGAGGCACGGAGCCGGAGGGCGCUGCCUGUCUCCGCCCGCCGCUCGGACCUAUCAACAUGGCCGCCGCCUCUCCAUUGUGCCUGCUAGAGAGCGUGAAGCUCUCACCUUUCAACAGAGCCGCCGCCGCCGCCGCCGGUUGUUUGUUCAUCGAAUGUCUCUGCUUCCCGUCUUUGAUUCGGCUGUGAGGACUCGCAGAUUCACUGCUGGGUUUCAGAUGACGAAGCGCCGACGUCACCCAAUGCAGAUGGAGGGCAGGAAGUAAAUGCAGCCCGUUUAUUUCUGUUGCUCCAGCAUCAAAAUGUCUAAAGUCCGUGUCCUGUACGGUUGUUCCAACUGUUCUAACAGAGAGAAAGAUAAACGUUAUUUUCGUGUUUCGAGGGUAGUUGGUCACAAGGGAGUUCAUUUUAAAAAACUUACCAAAAAACAAAAAGUGGAUCAACAAUCUACAGCUAAAAACAGGUGGUAACGUUGUUAGCAGCUAGCUCAGUGCCGAGUCACGGACAGAGAAGAUGAUGUUUAUUCAGUGGGACUUUAAUGCUUAAAAAAAAGGUAAAUAAAUUAAAUAUAACCUUCCCAGCCAUACAGUCACAGUGAGCUGUGACUGUUCCCCCACAUGGUUCAUGUCUGACACCAACAUGGAGGUUUCUGUAGAUCGGGGCGAAUGGUUGACCUACACUGGACCUGAAUCCAGCCUCCUACAACGUCUCCACAUUAACAUACAACUCUAGCAUGGAUUUGGGUUUACAGAAACUAAAUAAAUUAUUUACCGGUAGAUCCAAGCUCAUAGAAACAACAAGGGUUAGUUUGUUGUUAGCGAUAGCAUCGUUAUCAUAGAGUAAUCAGUUAAAAUAGCACAGCUCACUGUUCACCCGGCAGAACCAAGUCAACAGCCAUUUAUUGCUUCUUUUGGUCCUAAAUGUUUGACCCAACCUGAAACUAAAUGAUUUUAUUCUUCAGGCUUUUGAAAACUUUCUUCUGGCUCGUCGUCGUAUAUGAACUCUGCAGCUCCAGAUAGUUAGUUAUGUGGAUCGCCUCGACACCGAGGAAGUCCUCAGGAUUAUUAGAGAAGUCUUUUUUACAGAGUUAAUACGGAUCAUAUCCUAAAUAUACGUGUGAUUUUUCGAGAUGCCUUGUUUGUUCCAGCCUAUUUAGGGCAUUAGCUACUCGCUGUGAUCCAUUUUGCUUUGUUUUGAGCCGGAGAAAUCCUCUUCCUGACCUCCAUCUGAAUUCCAAGGGUCAUCCGGGUCACGUGUCUGAAACCCAGCAAUAGAAAUACUUUGACUCAUUAGGAAAUGUUUUGUUUUGUUUGUCACAAAAGAAAAGAAAGUACACCCUCAUUUAAUUCUGCAGUUUUACAGUUAAGGAACCCGACCAGGAACCCUUUAGCAGGUUCUAAAGUUAUUUAUGUGCUGAUGAGCUUCUUUAUGGUGACAGUGAAGGGUGCACUUACUUUUUUAAAUUCUUGUUUCAUGGUAUAAAAACAGUCUAGGAUCUGUCUUGCAUGUGUUUUUUCCCUUUCUUACAAAAACACAAAAUCUUACCCAGUAUUUUUUGGUCUAAUUCAGGGAUGUCCAACGUGUGGCGCGUGGGCCGUAUGUGGCCCUUUCUACUGAUUCUCUGUGACCCCCAACUACAAUUCAAAAAAUGGCAAAAAAUUUGGUUUGUUUUUAAUUAUUGCAAAAUUAUGACAAAAUCUUAGAAUGGAAAACAUCUGAUGUAACAGAAAGUAUCCAUCUUUUAAUUGCAUUAAAUUUUCAUUACUUUCACAUCUUCUGAGUGACAUUUACUCAAAAAUGAACAUUUUCUCAUUUAGCUGGGCUGAAUACAUCAAAUGUGAUCAAAAAGUGACUCAAAUCCUGUUUUUAUAACUGAGAUUAACAUUUUUUCAGUUUUUUCUGCAAACAAGGACCAAACAAUAUUCUCAACUUUGAUGCCUUUCUUUUAAACAGGCAAACAUGCAAAAUCCUUUUAAAUUUUUGUUAGCUACAGCUAAUAUUGUUAGCUCUAGCUAAUGGCAUUCGCUCCUGCCAAUCGUGUUAACUCCUGCUAAUGGUGUUAGCUCCUGUUAAUGUUGUUAGCUCUAGCUAACAGUGUUAGCUCCUUCUAAUAGUGUUAACUACUGUCAGCACCAUUAGCAGGUGUUAAUGUUAAUGGUGUUAGCAUUAACAAGAUGGUGCUAAUGGUGAUGUAACUAACACCUUUAGCUAGAUCUAACGGAGUUAUGUCUAGCUAACACUGUUAGCGCUCAUUAAUGUUGUUAGCUCCUGCUAAUUGUGAACUAGAAACUAAAAAAACAGGCAAGAUUUUGUGUUUUUUCAGUGUCUAAGCUGAAGUUGGCUGUUAUUGUGUCUGCUAAUGUAAAACCAGAGAGUUGAAGGAGGGUGUACUUUCUUUUCUCCACGACCGUGAUCUGUAUUUUUAUAUAAACAGGAUCUCUGAGCGCUGACGGUUCUGUUUGAGUUGGAAUGUGUUGGUCUCUGUGGUAAACUCAUCUGAACUGUGGUGAAGCCAAAGCUUUUGGCAACGUGUUGUAAGUUUUCCUGUAUUUAUGUGAAUCAUUUUCAUUUGACUCUCCAAAGAGUUCGUGAAGUUCCCAGUGACUCUUCGCUCGUAAACGACGACAAAACCAUUGAGGACGACGUCUGUAGUUUGUACUGUAUCUAACUCUGAUAGUCUCAUUGACUCCACACUGCUGUUUGAAUGUUUUGUUUUUAUUCCUUGGAUGUGAAGAACAUGCAUAUAUAUAUAUAUACAUACAUAUAUCUAUAUUUACAUAUCAAUGUUGCCCUUUUUAAUAUGUCGGUGAACUAGACAAUGUUGCUAUCUUGUGUGUAUCUGCAUACUAAAACAGUAUAGUGCAGCACA